AUGGUCAAGUACGUGCUCACGGGUGUCGGUGGCAACAUCGGCGGCCACGCUGCCGACUACGCGGUCGAGAUCAAGAAACCCGAGGACGUGCUGGUGCUCACGAGCUCGAACGUGGAGAAGCUGCCCGCCGAGCGCGUUGCGGCCUGGAAGGCCAAGGGCGCCAUCGUGGAGCAGGCCGACUACCUCGACAUCGACAGCCUGAAGAAGGUCUUCGAGGGCGCUGAGGCCGUGGCCUUCAUCUCCACCUGGCUGUUCGGCGAGGGCCGUCGUGGCCAGAUGAAGAACUGCAUUGAGGCCGCCAAGGCCGUGGGCGUCAAGCGCGUGUGCUACACGUCGUUCGUGGGCGCCGGCUCGGACCUGCCCAACGAGCAGCUGCCGUUCCUGCCGCGUGACCACCAGUACACGGAACAGCUCAUCUAUGCCUCGGGCCUCGAGUACAACAUCCAGCGCGACUGGCUGUACCAGGACAACACGCCUCGCUUCUUCGCUCCGUCGUGGCACUUCAACGGAGACCGUUGGCUCUGGAACUCGCACGGCGUCCCCGGCGCCUACGUGGCCAUUGAGGACUGCGGCCGCGUGUUCGGCGCUCUGCUGCUCGGCAAGCAGGACAAGAACACGGUCGUGGACGUCACCGGCCCGGAGUGCGUGCUCGACGAGGACAUGUUCAACUGGAUGAACUCCAUCAGCGGCUACAACGGCAAGUACGUCGACAUGCCCGACGAGGAGCUGCGCGAGUACUGGCUGGGCCGCGGUCUGCCCACGGAGUUUUUUGGCGACUUCUCCAAGACUCCCAUGAAGCUCUGCAUCGGCGACCUGCUGUGCUGCGGUGAGACUCUGGCCAACGGCUCGAUGAACAAGGUGACUGACACCGUUGAGCGUCUGACCGGCCGCAAGCCGCUCGGCUACAAGGAGAACCUGCUUCAGUACAAGGAGAUCUUCCCCAAGAACGAGUAAGUGCUUUAGUGCUCUGCAUGUAGUGCAUUGCGCCGUAUAAGCUUAAAGCACAGUGAAUACAGUAAAUACUUAGUCUC